AUGCUGCUUAUUUUCUACUUCUUCAUAAGCACAGUUUACAGCUUUGGCUACAACAGCUUAGGCAGUCUAUGGCCAUCUGGUCAGCUUGCUAUUUCAAACUCCUAUACUAAUGUAGGGCUCUAUGCCAACUAUACCAUAACUUUUACUCCUGAUACCAGAAUUCCAGCAGGAGGGAUAUUAUCAAUCACGUUUCCUGAACAAUACGAAGAUAAACUUGGGACACAAGGAAAUCCGACCUGUUCUCCAAAUAUCUGUACAAAUUUAGGAAAAACUAUCAGUAUUACUUUGCCGAAUGCAGUAUCAGCACAAAGCACUUAUUCUGUAACAAUCCAAAAUAUUUUAAAUCCACUAACAGUAGGAGGAACAGGGAGUUUUCAGGUUUCUAGUACUUAUCAAGGCGCAAUUUUAGACUGGAACUCUGCAUUUGGGGUUAUCGGGAUUUCUGAUGCAAAAACUACUUUAAAAGCUACAUCUGUUUCAGUCCUCUCUGGAUCUAGCAGUGUUGCAGGGGAUAUCACGAUUUAUUUAUUUACUUUUCAAUUCGACCAAAUAAUAGUCGCGGGAAGCGCUAUUCGCUUUACUUUUCCAGGAAAUGGGUUCUAUCUAGCUCCCUACCCUACUUGUACAUCAUACGCAACAGAAGGAAUGCCUAUUUCAGGGAGUUUAAAAUGUAUCACAACUGGUCGACAAGUAAUUCUAUCUGGGAUUUCUGCAGAUUUGCAGCCAAAUAUUUUAUAUUCAGUAAGAAUGACUGGGACGAACCCUAAAUGGAAAGUAAAUACAGGGACUUUUACUAUUGACGUAUUUAGAUUUCAGACUUUUACUUUAUACCAACAAGCCACGCUUAUUCCAGGGCUGUCAUAUACAUAAAAUGGCGUAUGGCGACCGACCCGUCCUCUCAGUGACGGUAACCCGUGUAUAUCCGGGCAUGGUUUUCUGAAGAAGCGACUAGCCCAGCAAUAUCUGGGCCCUGGUGGCGACCGGGGACAAACACAGACCCGCUGAUCGUGUCCAGAUCCUAGGGCAGCUAGGAGCGUCUUCUUUUUCCAGCAGCGCCCAAGCCAGUGUGGGUUCCCGAAAUGGACAGGGCGACUUACCUGCUCAAGCUGCUACUGUGGUCUGCCCCGAAUCGCGGAAGCGAUUGAGGAUUUUCUCAAGCGGAUAAGCUGGGAAAGGGGAGGCAGAUUAGACGACCAAGAAGGCGGUCUCUCCAGUUAAUAGGGCCCCAAAUUAAACGGGGCGAUCUGGCCAACCGGAGGCAAAGACUGGCGUAAUUCGGGGCGGAAGGCUGAGUUGGAAAUGGUGGUGCCAAUAGGGCAGCCCACUACCGAGAAACCAGGGGUUUCGGCCUGGGCUCAGAGAACCAGUGAUGGAAGUCCAUCCUUUUCGCUCGUGCCGGCACGGCUCCUUAAGGAGCGCGGAGGAAUGCCACGCAUGGAAGUAGGGACCUUAAACACAUAUCGCUUAAUUAUUAUUAUUAUUAUUAUUAUUAUUAUUAUUAUUAUUAUUAUUAUUAUUAUUAUUAUUAUUAUUAUUAUUAUUAUUAUUAUUAUUAUUAUUAUUAUUAUUAUUAUUAUUAUUAUUAUUAUUAUUAUUAUUAUUAUUAUAUUAUUAUUAUUAUUAUUAUUAUUAUUAUUAUUAUUAUUAUUUAUUAUUAUUAUUAUUAUUAUUAUUAUUAUUAUUAUUAUUAUUAUUAUUAUUAUUAUUAUUAUUAUUAUUAUUAUUAUUAUUAUUAUUAUUAUUAUUAUUAUUAUUAUUAUUAUUAUUAUUAUUAUUAUUAUUAUUAUUAUUAUUAUUAUUAUUAUUAUUAUUAUUAUUAUUAUUAUUAUUAUUAUUAUUAUUAUUAUUAUUAUUAUUAUUAUUAUUAUUAUUAUUAUUAUUAUUAUUAUUAUUAUUAUUAUUAUUAUUAUAUUAUUAUUAUUAUUAUUAUUAUUAUUAUUAUUAUUAUUAUUAUUAUUAUUAUUAUUCCAGGGCUGUCGAUUUCUGCAGGAAAUUUAUUAUCCCUUACUUUUGGGCCUGUGGAUUCCAGUUUAGUUAUAUCAAGAAAUAAAAUUUUAUUAUUUUCAGUCACUUUUACUACAAAAAAUCCUAUAGAAAAAGGUGGAUAUAUAAUAAUCGUAUUUCCUUGGAAUUUUGCUUUAUCUGGGAAUUAUAUAGCUGUAAUUGGAAGUGGGCUAAAAGACAUCAAUGCUACUAGUGAAGCCACGGUUUCCUAUGAUAUACCGACUACGACUCUUACUAUCUCGAAUUUCGAUGCUGUAGAUUCACAGACUCAGAUAAGUCUUUAUUUGCAAAUACAAUGCCCUUAUCUCUCAGGGAAAUCUUCAGCGUUAAAUAUUAAAUCAUAUAGAGCAGAUAAGAGUACUGUUAUUGAUCAAGACAUAACAAAUGCAUAUACCACAGUUUCUUCAUACUCAUCACCAUCAAUAAGUAUUUCUUUUCCAGGCUCCUCAAAAGCGACAGGCGCUUCUAUUACUAUAGAUUUCACUAUAACCCCAAAUAUCCAGAUCCCAGCUAAUGGGUAUAUAUUCCUAUUUAUUUAACCAGCUAAUCAUUUUUCUUUAUUUUUGUUAAAAAAUAAUAUUAUUCAAAAUGGCAUAACUUUUAAAAUCCCUGCUGCUUUUGGGACAACUGGCUUAGUCUGCAAACUAACUCCAUAUGCAGUUGGCCAAGACUAUGCGUCCUCAUGUACGCUGACUGGGAGUAUUUUGAAAGUCCAGUUGUUUUUAACGACUACAAAUUCGCCUGCAGGAAGUGGGGCUUUUCCAUUAGGUGUUCAAUCAAUUGUAUCAUUGACAUUGGUAUCUCCUACAGUUUCUGGGGACUAUUAUUUCGAUAUAAACACUUAUGAUACCUCUAAUACUCUUUUAGAGAGCGGAAAUACGAUAGCCACACUUACUGCGCCUACUUUUUCAUCGAUUUCUAUUACUCCUGUGCAUACAGCGAAUCAGUAUCCUACAAUUUUGAUUUUUACUAUGACUGCAGACUAUCAAAUUCCUGCAGGAAUUGUGGGGACUUCUUAUACUGAUAUUAGAGGAUAUAUAGAAAUCACUUUUCCAACCCAAAGCUCAGGGAACGCCCUAUUUCCACUUGAUUUAGGACUUGGCAUACAAGAAGGAAGCACUUUUCCAUGCAGAGGAAUUAGCAAUAUAGCAGGACAGUCCAGCCCAAGCUUAACCUGCACAUUGACAACAUUGCCUAGUGUCGCAUCUUCUGGCACACCAGUCAUAGUAACUGUGACAGGCUUCACUACAAUUGCUGCAGGUACUAGCUUUACCUUUCACAUUCCCAAUAUUUAUUAUACUAAAUUAUUCAAAUUUUCCAUUUUUCUGUAGAAAAGUUGUCUAUUCUCAAUUUGCUUUAAAGAUUAUACAUACAAACCACAAAUACAGCUAGCGUUAUAGUCACAUCUUAUAGUAAGCUUAAUAGAAUAAGAACUGAUAUCCAGUCUUCUUCUGUUUCUGUAUCAGCAGGAAGCACAGGGCCAGCAUCUUCAUCAACAGCUACGUCUCUUACUUUGAGUACUACACAGGUCCAAUCAUCUACAACACUUUCUUCAGCUUCUAUUACAAUUUCAAGUGGUGCUGGGUCAAAUCUGGGAUAAAAAAUAAUUUUUUAGCCAUCAUUUUAUUGAUCUUUUUGACAGAAAAUUUGUGUUUUCUAAAAAAUGACGAAAAAAAAUUAGUGGUGAUAGUAUGGGAAAAAGAGUUUUUUUUGCCCUAUAUGUCAAAUCCUUAUCUUCUAUUAGAAAUUAACCCAAUCCAUGACAGUGGCUACUGCAAUUAUAAUACUAUUUCUUGUUUAUAUGACGGAACUAGCUCUACUUGCUACUGUUACCCAGGCAUUGACUUAAUUUUGAUAUCCCUUUCAUCAUUAACAGCUGCAAGCCAUACUUUUAGCGUUUCUGGGCUUAUAAACCCAGAAUCAUCUGGGAUAACUGACGGUUUUAACCUAUACGCCGUCAAAGGAGCAGCUGUUCUGGAUGCCUAUACCUACAGCUCUAACAUCCCAGCCCUCACCCCAGGGGUAAUUACCGAUUUCCAAUGUAAAAUUGAUCAAAAUUACGCAGCGCUCUCCAAUAUCCGCUAUGAGUUUUCCUUUACCCUAAUCCACGAUAUCCCUACAAAUGGCUCAAUUUUGAUUACUAUGCCGUCUGGUUCUUAUUCUUUGCAUUAUUCCACCCCAAUCCCAUAUUGUUCAUCAAUUUUAUUCAGUCAGCAAGACUACACAUCCUCUUGUACCUGCACUCCAUAUGGAAAUACCGUCACAAUCAGCGGAAUUCCUAAUAUAAAAUCAGGCUCAUUUGUUGAUAUUUUUGUCCAAGGGAUAAAGAACCCAGGAUCUGUCGGGACAAUUGGCAAUUUUAAAUACCAAACCAAAAAUUCUAAUGGUGGAGUCAUAGAUGAGGCCACUACUGUUACAGGCCCUACCCUUACUAGUGUAUGAACUGUGCAGACUAUAAGUGAUUUAAAGAUGAUAAAUUACCCUAAUAACGCUGGUGCCACUGCUGAAUAUAUUUUUUCCUUUACGACGCUGACUUCUUUAGGAGCUGGAGGAUAUAUAGAAAUUGAGUUCCCAACAGCGCAGUUUGGGAUUUUGACGAAUCCUCCUGAUUGUAGAGCGACUGGGGCUACAUCAGCACUAAGUAGCUGUGAAGUGUAUGGAAAAUCGCUAUUAGGGACAAUAGGGGCUAAUAUAGGUGGGAUGAGCAAUUUUCAUAUUUUUGGGGUAAAAAAUUUCAAUGCAGGGAUUAGUGAUGAUUUUUCUAUAAAAGCUUAUUAUGAUGGGGUGCUAUUGCAACAGACCAGCGGAUCUGUCACAAUUUCUACUACAGCUGCAGCUUCGACUAUAUCGGUGUCAGCAAUCAAUUUUUAUCCAAAAAAUGAAGGACAAACAGCAACUUAUGAAUUUACUAUGAUACCAUCUGUAGAUAUUGAUUCAUCAGAAUAUAUUAUUAUAACUUUCCCACGAUCAUAUGACCACAGAAUAGGUGACAAUCUAGACUGCUGGGCAACAGGAAUUUCAGGCUUUAUCAAAUGUCAAGUAAUCCAAGCUUGGUCAAUUACUAUAUAUGACCAUGAUUAUUUUUCAGCUUGUUCUUCCUGCAGUUUUACUAUUUUUAUAUUUGGUGUUAUUAACCCAAAUUACAGUUAUACAGAUAACACUGGGGAUUUUUCAAUUGGGAUUAUUAGUUCUUAUACAUAUACCCAACUAAAUGAACAAGCUGGAGAACUUGAUAUAGAGCCUGCACCGCAUUAUUCGAAUAUUUUGUCAACGACUUUUAGCAAUACUUAUGCGAGGACUUCUAAUAAUAUUGCUUUUAAUAUAACGACUACUGGAAGUAUCCCAACUAGUAAAGAAAAAGGACAAGUCUGGGUGAAUUUUCCUACUGAUUAUGUAAUUGAUGGAUCUUCAAUUACAUGCACCACAAGCUCACAAUGGUCAAGUGGAAGCCCAACUUUUGUGAUUGACCAUAAUAUUGUAUGGUUAUAUGGCUAAUUAGCAGCUUUAUUUUAUAAUUAAUUAGUUUAAGAGCUAUUUAUUUGGAGAAGUGUAAAGAUUGAUGCAGACUCCUCGACAAGCUUAGCUGGAAAUUUGCUUAUAUAGCUCAUGGUCUGCUUGGAUCGCCCUGGGCCACACGUUGGCUCCUCCACCUAUAGAUUGGCAAGUGUCAGGAUAUUUUUGACUUAUCAACUCUACAGAUUAAGUAGCCUAGGGCGAUCCAAAGUAGGCCUGGGCUAUAACUCUCUCAAAUGUCCCGAAUCCUCUCUCCAAUAUAAAUGCCCAAUAUAUCAGUGUCCAAGUAUACGACGGCUACACCCGGAUUUUGACAAUGAGCUCAUUUAUUAACCUAAACCCUAACCGUGCUGUUUUUUCAUAUCCAGGACCACUAAUAACAGUAAACAGCAACAACCCAUUUGAAGUCCAAAGUGGAGCAAUGUCAGAUUUUAUCCCAAUCGCCCUUAGUUACCCAUGUGGUCUUAACUUAACUUUAAUUCCUUAUUCACAAGGCUUCACAUUUAUCCCUACUAGUAUUUCCUUAUCUACAGGUGACUCAAACCAGCAAUUCCGUGUCAGUGCUCCUCCAGGUACCAGAGAUAAAGAAUAUACAAUCCAAUGGACAAUUCUUGGAGACUAUUCCCCGCCUUAUUAUACUCCUAUACUAAAAUCUUUUUUUACAGUUACUCAAAACGUGACUUAUCCUAUCACAAUAGCUACGAUCCCACCUGUUCCAGCUGGAGGGCAUUCUUUGCCUAUAGAGAUUAAUAUAGGUGUGGCGCCUUAUAGUGAUGCCAGUAUUAUUUUAUCAGUUGGAACUCAAAAUUAUGGGAUAAAAAUCGUGCCUGACAAAAUAGAGUUUACUCAAGGCGCUUAUUUGGGGUAUUUUACUGUCUAUGUAAGCACUGAUACUAUUCUUGCGUGGUGUCCUAUAUAUUUGACGUUAAUUGGGACGAAUUCUAAAGUCUAUAGUUUGCAGUCAAACACUACGACUUUUAAUAUAUUUAGAGACGACUCAGAUUUGCCUGUAGUAAGUGGGGUUUCUAUACAAAAAUUCACAAGGACAUCAACAACUGCUAUGAUUACUACCAACAAAGUAUGCACAGUUUAUUACGCAUUUGCACUACAAGGGACUAUUACUCCUAAUUUCACAGAACUCAUACAAGCAGGGCCGCCUAGCUAUAAUACUACUCAGACUGUCUAUGGAAAAGUGUAUAUGUAUCAAAACAGUGCAGCUUAUAUAACAAUAUCAAGCUUAUUAGCCCAAACGAAAUAUAGAAAUUUCCCAUAGAUGUCGCUGUUUGCCCUUGAUUUGCCCACUGGGGAAAUUUUUUGGUUCGACCAGUACCAUAUGGUUUGGUCAAACCAAAAAAUUUUCCUCAUGGGCAAAUCAAGGGCAAACAGCGCCAUCUAUGGGAAAUUUCUAUAUACCCUUUUUUAUAUGGCGAAAGACUUGACUGAUAAAAAUAGCAAAAUUGUAGGAAGUUAUGACUUUGAAACAUUGUCAAGAUAUAAGCCAGCAACAGCCAAUUUGUGGUUCGCUCAGACUUAUUUGACGACUGUAGAGCUUUCACUAGCCCAAGAAGCUAUAGCACUAGUGCUAAGUUUGCAUCCUUGAAGAGUUGUAAUUAAUACUCAAAAUGAAACUACAAGAAGGCUUUCCUCAUCUUCUGAUACAGUAAGAACCGUUUUAAAUGUAUAUUUAUUAGAUCAUCCUGCUUAUGAUACUUAUGUUGAACCUGGAAGCAUGGUUUCUAUGCUUAAUUCCGCAGAAACUAAGCUUGGGGAGCUUUUGACUAAUUUUGACACCACCAGAUCUAUCACAGGGAACGCCCUUAAUAUUGCUGGCUGUCAAUUUAAACAAUCCCCAUCCUUAUUAGGUACAAACACCUACUCAAUAAUUUCUUUUUCAGCCAGUCUCUAUGACAGUGGCAUUAUUUUUGGAGUUGCCGUAGCAAGUGAUACAGACACAGGGACGCCUUUUUCUCAACAAAUUGUAGCUGGACAUGAUAGAGCAAAUAGGCCAGUUUUAAAUGCAAAAAGCACAGUAAGCGCAGGGGUGGUGACUAGUUUGACAUUCAAAGGGCUUGAAGCUGACACUCAUUAUAACGUGUAUAUCACUUGUGGAAAUUCAUUGCCAGGAUAUCCAGACUUAUUAGAUGACUCAAGUGUGGUGACACUUAAAUGGAAAACUGAUACGAAGCCUGCAAAUACAAUGCUGAAUUUAGAUGGAGGAGAAAUCUUGUGUGGAUUUUUAAUUUCAGUUAUAAUGACAUUGGUAUAA